GACGGAGGAGGAAGAAGGGUUGGGGGUGGUUGGCUACGGUGGACGGGUGUGGGUGAUGGAGGAGGAAGGAGGGUUGGGGGCGGUCGGCUAUGGUGGAUGGGUGUGGGUGAUGGAGGAAGAUGAAGGGUUGGGGGUGGUCGGCUAUGGUGGACGGGUGUGGGUGAUAAAUGAAGUGGAGGUGGUUGGCUAUGGUGGACGGGUGUGGGUGAUGGAGGAAGAAGGAGGGUUGGAGGUGGUCGACUAUGGUGGACGGGUAUGGGUGAUGAAGGAAGAAGAAGGGUUGGAGGUGGUUGGCUAUGGUGGAUGGAUGUGGGUGAUCGAGGAAGAAGAAGGGUUGGAGGUGGUCGGUUAUGGUGGACGGUUGUGGGUGAUGGAGGAGGAAGGAGGGUUGGAGGUGGUCGGCUAUGGUGGACCAGUGUGGGUGAUGGAGGAAGGAGGGUUGGAGGUGGUUGGCUAUGGUGGACCGCUGUGGGUGAUGGAGGAAGGAGGGUUGGAGGUGGUCGGCUAUGGUGGACCGGUGUGGGUGAUGGAGGAAGAAGGAGGGUUGGAGGUGGUCGACUAUGGUGGACCGGUGUGGGUGAUGGAGGAAGAAGAAAGGUCGGGGUUGGCUGGCUAUGGUGGACGGGUGUGGGUGAUGGAGGAAGAAGAAGGGUUGGGGGUGGUCGGCUAUGGUGGACGGGUGUGGGUGAUGAAGGAAGAGGAAGGGUUGGGGGCGGUUGACUAUGGUGGACGGGUGUGGGGGAUGGAGGAAGAAGAAGGGUUGGAGGUGGUCGGCUAUGGAGGGCGGGCGUGGGUGAUGGAGGAAGAAGAAGGGUUGAGGGCGAUUGGCUAUGGUGGAUGGGCGCGGGUGAUGGAGGAGGAAGAAGGGUUAGGGGUGGUUGGCUAUGGUAGAUGGGCGUGGGUGAUGGAGGAGGAAGAAGGGUUGGGGGUGGUUGGCUAUGGUGGACGAGUGUGGGUGGUGGAGGAAGAAGAAAGGUUGGGAGAGGUCGGCUAUGGUGGACGGAUGUGGGUGAUGGCUUGCUUGUCCCGUGGUCCGCGACCGAUCCUAUUCUACCGCCCACCUCCCUACCCCUUAUGCCUUUUCUCGUAGGUCGUUGGUUUUGGCCUCUCGUGCCCCCUUGCAAUAGUGAAGACACUCUUUUCAGAACCGUAGAUUCCCAAGAGA